AUGAGAUUAUUUGCGAGUUUGCUAUUAGUAUUACUCGUAGCUGCUAUAAAUGUAUCUGGUCAAGGCGCAUGUUUGAAUUCAAAAUGUCCCGUUGGAUUUUAUUGUGAGGAUGUGGGUGGUACUGCAACCUGUAAGCCAAGUUCUAGUAGUGCCGGUCAGCCUGCUACCGAUGCUGGUGUAGAAAUAACAUGUUUAAAUUUACGUUGUAAAGCCUAUGAAACCUGUCAAAUGGAAAAUGGAAAGCCAGUCUGCAAGGCAUCCGGUCAGACUUCAUCUUCUGGAACCUCUGGUGGUGGUUGUCAGAAGGAAGGAGACUGUGGUUACGGAUACUGGUGUGAUACCAACGACCACCAGUGCAAACCAUGGUCUUCCUCAUCGUCGUCCUCCGGUCAAUCCUCGUCGUCAGGAUCAUCCGGUACCUCUGGUGGUUGUCAAAACGAUGCUCAAUGCGGUUGGGGCAAAUGGUGUGACACCUCCGAUGGUCAAUGCAAGCCAUGGUCAACCUCUGGUUCCACCUCCGGUCAGACUUCAUCGUCAGGUAGCUCAUCCGGUGGUUGUCAAAACGACGAACAAUGUGGUUGGGGUAAAUGGUGUGAUCACAUCGAUGGAAAAUGUAAGCCAUGGUCACCAACCAGCUCCUCAUCCGGUCAAACUUCAUCGUCUGGUACUUCCGGUGUACAGUGUCAAAAGGACGUAGACUGUGGUUGGGGUAAAUGGUGUGAUACCGCCACUGGUCAAUGCAAGCCAUGGUCAACCUCUGGAUCAACCUCAGGUCAAACUUCAUCUUCUGGUAGCUCCUCAUCCUCAUCAUCAUCAUCAUCCUCUGGUGGUAGUUCAUGUGCCAACUUCAAAUGUUUCGACGGAUUGAUUUGUGUUGUCCAAAACGGUGUCCCAACCUGUGUCCAUGCCUCUUCCACCUCCGGUCAAACUUCAUCGUCAGGUAGCUCAUCCUCAUCCUCCUCAUCUGGUGGUUGUCAAAACGACGCUCAAUGUGGUUGGGGUAAAUGGUGUGAUCUCUACAGUGGUCAAUGCAAGCCAUGGUCAACUUCCGGCCAAACCUCGUCAUCCGGUUCAUCGUCUGGCCAUGACAAAUGUUGGGGAUACCAUUGUGAACAACGUGGAGACAAGGGUGCAUGUGUACCAGACAAUAACAAUCACUGCAGCGAUGUCAUGAGUCAAUCUAAACUAUCACUUUUGAAACAAAAUGAAACUAGCAAUAAAGAUAUUAACAAUAACAAUAUAAAUAAUAACGAUAGCAAUAACAAUAGUAAUAGUAAAAUAUUGCAAUAUCAUUUAUCAUAUUCUUAUUUCUUAAUUUCCCAAGUCUUAAACCGUAUUGAACAUAGAUCAAAACUUCAUUUACCUACCAAUUUUCAAGAUGUACAAACUCUAAGCGAAAUCCUUUCACAAUACACCGAUGAUAACUAUUUCAUCGUAAUGAGUACUUUUGGUUUUAUCUAUAUAUUUUUACAAGCAUUUUCAAUACCGGGAUCGAUUUUCUUAAGUUUUUUGUCGGGCGGUCUGUUUGGAUUGUGGGUUGGAUUCCCUUUGGUUUGUUUGGUCGCUACGAUUGGCGCAGUCUGUAGCUAUCUCAUUUCGUUUCACAUCUCGUCGCCUCUCCUAGAGGUACCCGUUUCAACGUUUGCUUUCGGUACUUUCAUUGGCAUCAUGCCAGCGACAUUCCUUGCCGUCAAGGCUGGCUUGGCAAUUCAAGAGAUAAGCAAACCCGGUGAUAUUUUCGAUGCUAAAUCCAUUGCAUCCAUGGGAUUGCUGGCAAUACUCUCUAUAUUGCCAACUCUUGAGCCUGUUCGUCGACGACUGGAUCAAAUUAUCAAUCGUAAUAAUAAUGCUACUACUAUUACCAAUAACAACAAUAACAACAACAAUAUCAACAAUACCAACAAUAAUAAAACAAAAUUAUCAUAA